GAAACGUUUAAAUGAUAUUAAUACAGUAGCUGGUGCAACUAGAAGUACUCAACAUUUAUAAUCAUUCUGCUUAUUGGUUUUCAUACACAACAAAUACAUACCAAAGAACCUCCCCACUUUAGCUUUAGAUUGUGGUCCUGUUUUAGCAUCCCUCUUUUCAUUGAAAAAUCGAUUUAUCUAUUAUACAUUUUGGUGAAUAUUAAACACUGAUGUAUCUCCAGUAAGUGCACAGUCCUUAUCCCCUGGGAUAUUGGAAAAUAUGGGUAGAAAACUAAGUUUUAAAUGAUCACCCUUAGCCUAAAAACUACAGAAUUACUACCUGUAAAUACAGGUAAAUGAGAUAGAAAGAAAACCUAUAGUUUUUCAGAUUUUUAUCGUAUUUAUUUUUAAGAAUUUUAUCACCAGCACAAGAUUGUUCAGUCUUGCCUUUUGGAUAUAAUUUUCUUUAUUACAAAAACGACUUCUAAAAGAAAAGAAAAAUCUGGACAACCUUGUGCUCGAUAUAAACAAAUUCUUAAAAAACCGGUCAUUCGAUGAAUAUCAGUAGAGAUUUAACAAAAACAGACAAACCUGAUUUCAAAAGACGGCAUAGCUCUUAAUGCUGAUGAACAUUUCAGUAAAAUAAAAUGCCAAACCUCUGAGUUAAGGUAUGAAGGAACAUCUUGGGGCAUUGUAAAAUGUAUAAUUCAAACUUUGAUGUUGUACUAUUUCAUCAGGGGCCGUAUAUCAGAGCUAAAGAGGAGAAAGACCUUUAAAAUUAGCAGAAUAUCAUUUUCAAAAUGAUGGAUCAGAUAAAUUAUAGCUCAUCUUUUUUACGAACAGAAAUAAAUGCAGACAUAGAACAAUAUUAUUAUGCAUCGUGUUCUCAAAACUUGUGCGUAAUAUUUGUUAACUCUGCAAAACACAAAUAUUGUCAGCGUUCCAAGCAUUUUUGGCAUGCGGAAACAUUACUACGUCUUAUAUAAUAGCUUGCAAAAAUGGUAAUGAUAGGGAUAGCUACUGAUCAUAUUGCAGCAAUUUGUAAUAAGAUACAUUUUGUAUUUUCAUGUGAUGUCUCUCACAAUGUAUUAGUUAUUAGAUGUCUGUAUCAGAUGGAUACAUGAAAGCGACUUUUCUAAAGAAAGGUCCUUGUGCUGAAUGGGUUGUAAUAGUAUGUUAUUUGUGAGAACCCCCUGGUGAUAGACAUAGCUUUAUCUUACAUUAAUGCCUUUGACAUUUAUACAAUGUGGAUGUCAGUCCGUUGUAAGUCUUUGGUGAAGGUGAUGAUCGGGGAAUUCUUGUGUACACGAUCACAGUCGUUCUAGUUGUUGGCAUACUUCCAAAUGAUGAACAACACUGAUUAGUGAGACACAAUAACAGAUGAUCCCUUUAAAGGCUGGCUGCUGUGAGAGUGAUUCAGUUCCAAUGCCUCCUUGUCUGCGCAAACAUCAGUGAGUUUUGUUAGCUUCAGUAUUGCAGUUCUCAGGUACAGGAAGUCGACUUCGGAAGGAGGCAAAGGACUCAGUCAGCCAUCUUGACUUUCACUAGUGGAGACUUAACUUCCUUGUGUCACGUGUUUCUUCUUGCAACUUAGUUUUAAUUUCGAACUUCAUCGCAAUGGCCGAACCCCUCAAGAUGACUGCUAGUGUGGACGUAAAUGAAACAGUGACGUCGAAGGCGGAGGAGGUUUCCACCCCAGCCCCGGUAGCAGCGACAGUCACUUCAGUUCGAAGUACAGCCAAAGUAAAUGCUACAAAAGCUGAGCCUCAAAUAAAGGAGGCAUCCGACGUAAAGACGAAGACGACUACAAGGAAGACGGUAUCAACCUCGAAAAAGACGGUUCAAUAUCAGGCGGACGACAUUCUUGGUGAUCUUAGUCGAAACUAUCGAGGAACAAGUCCUGCGGUUUUAGAAGGAAUAGCUCACCAUCCAGCAUUAUUUAGCAGAGCAUAUGAACCAGUGAAUCCACGUCUCAGUGCUAAAAGCAAGAAAAUUAUUAGAGAUACCGCUGAUUUGGCCAUCUUCUCACCGGGACUUAAAAAUCUGCUUGAAGUAGAGUAUUCAGAUUUAACAUCUCGCUGGCUGCAAAUUCAUAGCUUAUUUUUGUUGUGGCUAUUUGUGUUGUGGCUUGGCAGAUGAAUUUCUACCAUCUGCUAACUAUGGCUUGUGAAAGGGAUGUAGUAUCAUUUUGAAGGUAAAUGACGGCGACUUAUUUGUUAUGAAAUAAAGACAAUUCAUAUCAUUGGUGAAACAUACUUUUAGUGUACUUACAAAGAUAAAGUAAUUAAAAUCGCUUUCGAACAAAAUGGGGAAAUGAGGGUUUAGAAACAAAACUUUAAUGUCCAAAAAUAAUCAAAGUACUGAUGCUGAGCAGUAUCUAGAAAUAGAUAGAAUACAGUAGUGCUUAUUUCUCAUAUAGUACAAAGCGUUUGACGACAAAAAUAGCUUGUAGAACAAUCUAGAAAAUGAGUGGUACGCUUUAGAUCAGUAGCAUUCCAGAGCUUUACUGGUUAUGUUACUGUCAGUAGUACAUUUUUGAUAUAAAAGGCAAACAUCUGUGUAGAUAGAAGCUUCUGCAUGUCAGCAUUUACUACUGUUCUUCAUUCGCAGCGCAAGUAGAUGCCUCACAGAAAUGCUGAAUAGUGGAAAUCUUGACUGAUGGAAAUUCUAUUUGACAUCUUUCACAUUCACUCCAACACUUAUCAGAUCAUGCAUGUGCGUCAGAUACACAAAUUUGUAAAGCAAACCUUCAACAGCGCUCGCCAAACUUAAUGACUCAUGCUUUGAAAAUGCACUCACUAACUGUUCUUCAAGUAUUUGAAUCAGCUACUGAUAAUCCGGCGGAAUAAGUCUAAGAAUAUCUCUGGGGAGUUUACAUCGCUUUAUUUUCUCUCUUUGUUCACAAAACUUUCUACGUACUUUGUGUUUCGUUAACUGAGAUUCCCUCUGGUGCUUCAGAAAUUUCUUUCUUAAUUGGAUUAAGCAUUGUUAUUCAGUAUGUCUGUUCGCGAAUUACAGGCUAGAAUUGAAGAACUUGAA